UAAACACGAAAUCUCAGGUUGCAGUAUAUAUAUCCAGAGCUGUCAAUUCUCUACCAGUCAUUCGAUUGGUUGUAAGGGGAAUUGUCCUGUAGAUCGGUGCACUUCAACACUUGUCUGUCUGUGUUGUGAAAUGUAAAUGUCAGAACAGGAAAUAAGACAUCUUACGACAUGUCGUAAUUCAGAAUUAGGAGAGUUAUGUGGUGCAUUGGUUGCCUGUGCAUUAUGGGGACUUAAGCACGUGGUGGCACUCUGUGAAAUAUGACUACAAAUUACGGAACCACAGAAAGCAAUCUAGCGGAGGUACCCCCCGUUAUCGUGGUCAACCCAGGAAAGCAAAGGAGCAAUGGCGUCACUGAAUCCAAUGAAUUGCUGUCUCAAGGCCAUUCGGAACACACAAUGAUCAAGGAGUUUGAUCGUGUGGACUCGGAAGAUGACAUAAUGGGGGAGUAUCGAGAGGAAUGUAAAAUCGGAACCGGAUGUUUGCGGAAAAGGACGGGGCUGGAGAAGUGUUUUGGGGGGUGUAUCGUCGUCCUUUUGAUUCUCACUCUUGCCUUAAUCAUCGCGUUAGCACAACGAAAAAGUGGACCAGAAUCUCGACAAGUCUGCGAAACCAAAGAAUGUAUUCUUGCAGCAAGUUCCAUUCUUAAAGCCAUGGACCAAACGGUUGAUCCGUGCACUGAUUUCUACAAGUACGCAUGCGGGGGCUGGGAGCGAGACACACCCAUCCCCCCAGGUUAUUCAAUGUGGGACAGGAUUCAGGAAUUGUCAUACACAAAUCUCCAUCAUCUCAAAGACAUACUAGAAAAACCACAGCAUCCGGUUAAUUAUGACUCCGGAAAGAAGACCCGGAAGUUUUACCAAAGUUGUAUGUCAGAGAGUCGGCAGAGGAGAGAUCAGACGCUUGCCGACUUCACCGAUCUCAUCCGGAACGUAUCCUCCGGGGAUAGUUUCAACUUCGCCGUGGUGCUGGAGAAGGUGCACCUCCUGGACGCAUGGCCGUUAUUCACGGUGUCUGUAGGCCCCAAUGAAAAGUCAGCUCAGGAUAUUAAUGUUGCUAGGAUAGAUUAUGGGUAUGCCCAAUACCCCUUCCAGAGUUUCCCCAAGCCGUCCAACCCUCCUGCCACCGUCGUCAUUACGGCCCCGUCAAACAACGAAACCAUCCCCGCCUCCCCCGCCACCCCCUCAACUAAACGAGUACAGAGAGCCACGCCCACCUAUCUCAGCUGGGACCUAGACCAGAUAGUUAGGAACUAUAAGAAGGAGACAAAGAGGAUAUUGAAGGUCGUGUUCAACAAGACUGAUCAAGCAGCAGAGUUACUAUCAGAGAAACUCUUGGAACUGGAGAAGCAAAUCGGAUGGGCACGAAACAGUGAACAGGACGCCCAUAACAGAUCGGCAGCAUACAACACCAUAAAGGUCAAGGAACUUCAGAUCAAAUGUCCCAUGCUGUCCUGGGACAUGUACCUGUCCAGAGUUCUUUUCCAAUCUCACGUGACAGUCACUGCCGACACAGAAGUGAUGGUGCUACAUGAGACAGGACUCGCCCAGCUGUGUUCUCUUGUACAGUCCUAUAACAAGGACCACGCAAAAUCCAGUAUCUUACAACAUUACCUACUAGUGCAUCUGGUGAGGUCAUUCAUGCCUUUCUUUGACGUCAGCACUUUCGAUGACGAUGUUGUCGAAAUUGAAGAAGAGAUUGAGAAUGAAGGGGAGCACUGGAGGAGAUGUGCCUUCUAUACAAAUAAAGCUUUCGGCUUUGUAACGGGCGCCAUGUAUGUCAACGAGACAGAGAGAGGGGCGACAGUCACACAGAUACAAACUUUGGUAAAAGACAUUAAGUUAGCUUUUAAAGAUUACCUGUUAAACAAGAUAUGGAUGGACGAGACAACAAGAAAGCAUGCGGAAGAAAAGGUGUCGGACAUGUUGGAAAAGAUCAGUUAUCCCACAGAAAUUUUGAAAUCUCACUUCUUGGACCAAUAUUACAGCCAGUUUGAGGUGAGCGAUGAUUGGUUCAUCAACAUAAGGAAUAUGAAGUCUUUCCGCGUGACCAAGAGCGUGGAAAUGUAUGAUAAAGCGGUGGACAGACACAGCUGGAUUCAGCCACCCGUGACGGUGGAGGCGGACUACUCACCCGAGAAGAACGACAUCCUGUUCCCUAUCGCCAUGUUUCACCUGCCCUUCUACUCGCCCAACGGGCCUCAGGCGUUAAACUUUGGAGCAAUGGGAGCGGUUAUAGGACAUGAAAUCACGCAUGCGUUUGACAUUACAGGUCGCCAGUACGACAGUAAGGGGAAGUUGAAGGAUUGGUGGGAACCAUACACGGUCGAACUUUUCCGGGAAACCACAACAUGUAUGAAAGACCAGUACAAUGGCUUCAAGCUGGAAGGACUACAGGUUAAUGGCGAGAAGACUCUAGAUGAAAACAUAGCGGACAAUGGUGGACUAAGAGCUGCUUAUAUUGCCUUCCAAAUAUGGGAGAAACAACACGGGGAAACCCCGCCCCUUCCGGGUGUGGGCUUGACUGACAAACAGAUGUUUUUUGUGAGUCAUGCACAGAUGUUUUGCACCAAGUGGAAACAAUCCGGUCUUAGAAAUUAUCUACUCAGCGACAGACAUGCCCCGGGUCCCCUUAGAGUAAAGGGAAGCCUGCAGAACUCCAACACGUUCGGUAAGGCCUUUGACUGUCCGUUUAUCAACGAGUACAGUCCACAGGUCAAGUGCGAGGUGUGGUGAUGGCACCGAACGCUGACCGCUGACUGGGCAUUACAUGAAGGAGGGCGGACAACUCGGCUUUUGUUGUCAAAUUCCAGAAAUAUCAAAAGAGACAAGAAAAAAACAAACAAAUAUGGGCAGCCGUGUUAUUGAACAAUUUGUUCACAUAAAAUAUUCAAGAGGUUCCAUGACGAGUGUUUCAUUCAUACCUGAAUGAAUUUUUCUUGCGUAUGUCACAUAGCACUCGUAUAUCUUUUUGGCACACCUUUUAAACUUUUAAAUUUUUACAUAGCUCUACAUUUUUUAAAAUAGAAAUUGUUAUCUUAUGAAGACAAGUGCCUGUGACCACAAUGCUUGCUCUGUGAAUAAAAAACAUCCUUCAUUCGUUAAGUCCGCGGAUUGUAUGAGGAUUAAACCUGAGUUGAUUUUCUUUACCCAUUUUCACAUACCUUUGUGUAUGAAGGUGAAAGGAAAUCACGUGUUUUGCACGUGCUCAAUGUGUCUCGGCCUUUGUAUGUUUUGUAGCGCUAUGCAAAAUUAUUUUGCUUGCUGAUCAAGAAGUGAUUUCUUGCGCCAUAUUUUGCAGAUGGUUGUUUCCAUUAAAGCUGUGAUUUAUCUUCAAUAGAAUUGCUUGUUCAUCAAAAUAGCUGUGAUUUUUCUUAGAUAAUUAUGUUGUGAUAUUUGCUUUCUUCCUUGCUUACCAGUUUUAUUGGACUGGAUAAAAGCUUGCAGUAUUAUGAGUAAUGGCCAAUCAAUCUUAAAAAUUAAUUUGUAUUUCGUUAAUAACUUAUCUUAAGAUUGAAACUAUAAUAAUUACUGAUAUUUGUUAUUUAAAGUGUCAUAUUUAUCGUAUUUUGUUAUUGUGACGUCACAAGAUAAAACAUUCCAUGUUGAUUUUUUUGAAAUGCAUUUUCCAGUUGUAAAAUGUAUGUAUUCUUGUUUUCAUAUUUUAACAAAUGACUGUUUAUGAAUGUUACGAUGUUACUAUUGACUGUAUAUCAUAACCCUUCGAGUAUUUGUUCACUUUUUUUUAGCACUGCUAUCCUCAUUUUGGUAGUAGUUGUUGAAUGUUGUGAUGUGCUAGAGAUUUCAGAACUUGUGGUUCUAGAUUUUUACGCCUAUUUUUGUACACGUAUCCCUGGAAGAAUGUCUACAUUUAUAGAGAUUUGUUAUCUAUGUGUAGAUAAACCGAUCUGUGGUUGGGUUAUUUUUAAUAUUUAAGAAUUGGUGGAUUGGAAAUGCUGCCUAUGCAAUAGAGUUUGUUGGAAAUAAUUAAAGAAUGAUGAAGAUA